AUGCUAAAAGAUGCCAUGCGAAUGAAUCCCGAAAGAAUCUCCCUCGGAAAAUCUUCAAGAAGCUCAUUUAACCCAGACGUCUUCGCAGAUGCAAGUGAACGCGCCACAGCAGCCUGUGCAUACGCGUUCAAUAAUGGGAAAUCAUCCUUGUUGACGGCAAAGUCAAAACCGCCAUCCAUCAAAUCGAAGACAACAACCCCGAUAGCAGAAAUGAAUGCUUCGUCAAUGACUGCAAGACUAGCCCGAUCAAUUCAUCACGCUCUGGACAAAGGCAAUGGCCAACAUAAGAAAUAUUAUUAUCUAUUCCGACUGACAAGUUAUUCUCAAUGCCAACAUAAGAAAUAUUAUCAUCUAUUCCGACUGGCAAGUUAUUCUCAAUGGAUAAUGAAAUCUCCUGACGAUCACGAAUUAAGCAUACACGUCCGUAAUCGUUUGAAGGAAAUCCAUAAUAUCAUCGACGCGUUGAAUGCAACGCAAACCAAUGUCUACUUCGGAUACGUGCCAUUAAAGGACAGCCCAGCAGAUGCUGGCACGCGUGGUCUUCUUAAACCAAUUGCAACACCAUGUUUGGUGGGAUGGCCCACAGUUCCCUCGAGAACCAAUAUCGAAAUGAAAUACAUCAAUGUUUCGCAUAGCCUAUACUACUUUUACUCAACAUAG